AUGCGGAGGCAUGGAGGAAACACACUAGCACCGGGAGGGACGACACAGAUACAGGGCGAGUCCCAACUUAGCCAGAAGUCACCGCGCAAGAAGCCAGCUGACAACAAGCGGAGAACAGAGGAUGAUCUGGACCAGCGGCAGCCCGGGCGAGCCACAACGACCGUCAGCAGGGUCAGCUUCAGGUCCAGGUCGGCUUGGCAGGACCAUGGCGAGGAGAGCCGAGACAAAAACCGUGCGUCCCCUAAACGUCCAGACGGCGAGGUGAGACCCAAGUCUGUGGAGCUAGGUCUGGAGGACCGGAGAGGCAAGCCGAGGACCGAGGAGGAGGAGGUCAUGCCCGAAGUGAACUUUUCUUUAGUGGCGUGCUGCAUCAGCGUCAUGCACAUUUUCAAAUCCAAGAAAUUCCACUCGGACAAGUUGGAGCGUCUCUACCAGCGCUACUUUUUCCGUCUCAACCAGAGCAGUCUAACUAUGCUCAUGGCAGUGCUGGUGCUGGUCUUCACGGUCAUGCUGGGCUUCCACUGCUCCAGUGGAUCAGCCAGGCCGAGCAUAACUUAUGUGGUGGUAUUUUCCGUGGCCAUCUUCCUAACACUCGUUCUUAUGGUGGUCUGCAACAGGAACGGCUUUCACCAGGACCACAUGUGGAUUGUGUGCUAUGUGGUCAUCCUGCUGGUGCUGGUGAUCCAGGUGGUCGGAGUGCUGCUCGUGCAGCCCAGAAGUGCCUCCGAGGGGAUCUGGUGGACCGUGUUCUUCAUCCAUGUCAUCUACACUCUGCUGCCCGUCAGGAUGCGCGCCGCAGUCAUCACUGGAGUUAUCCUUUCCGCAAUCCACGUGGCUGUUUCUUGGAUGUUGAACGGCAUGGACAGCGUUCUGUGGAAACAGUUAGUGUCCAACGUGUUGAUCUUCUCCUGCACCAACAUCGUGGGAGUCUGCACUCAUUACCCUGCUGAAGGUUCCCAGAGACAGGCCUUCCAGGAGACCAGGGAAUGCAUCCAGGCUCGCCUCCACUCCCAGAGAGAAAACCAACAGCAGGAACGUCUUCUGCUCUCAGUGCUUCCCCGCCACGUUGCCAUGGAGAUGAAAGCUGACAUAAACGCCAAGCAGGAGGACAUGAUGUUUCACAAGAUCUACAUCCAGAAGCAUGACAACGAGAACCACUGUCUGCGGAUCAAGAUCCUGGGAGACUGCUACUACUGCGUAUCUGGGUUGCCAGAGGCGAGGGCCGACCACGCCCACUGCUGUGUGGAGAUGGGGAUGGACAUGAUAGAGGCCAUCUCGCUGGUACGUGAGGUAACUGGGGUGAAUGUGAACAUGCGAGUGGGAAUCCACAGCGGCAGGGUGCACUGUGGGGUGCUGGGACUCAGGAAGUGGCAGUUUGACGUCUGGUCCAAUGACGUCACACUAGCCAAUCAGAUGGAGGCUGGGGGCCAAGCUGGGCGUAUCCAUAUCACUAAGGCCACUCUGAAUUAUCUGAACGGGGACUACGAUGUGGAGGACGGAGCAGGGGGAGAACGAAAUGCCUACUUGAAGAAGCACAACAUAGAAACCUACCUCAUUGUGGGCUGCAGUCAGAAAAGGAAAGAGGAAAAGGCAAUGAUAGCCAAAAUGAACCGACAGAGGACAAAUUCUGUCACCCACAACAGUGGCCACUGGACUGACCGACCGUUCUACAACCAUAUGGGUGGCAACCAGGUCUCCAAGGAAAUGAAGAGGAUGGGCUUUGAAGAUCCAAAAGACAAGAAUUUCAUUUUCAGAAAUGCACAAGAGAACCUAAACCCAGAGGAUGAGGUGGACGAGUUCUUGGGCCGCGCCAUCGACGCACGCAGCAUCGACCGCCUGCGCUCCGAACAUGUCAAGAAGUUCUUGCUCACCUUCAGAGAGCAUGACCUGGAGAAAAAGUACUCCAAACAGGUGGACUCCAGGUUCGGGGCUUACGUGGCCUGCGCCUCCCUCGUCUUUCUCUUCAUCUGCCUCAUCCAGAUCAUCAUUGUGCCAUCCUCCAGUCUGAUGAUCGGUUUCUUCGUCACUGGUUUCAUUAUCCUGACGGCUGUCAUGUUCGUCUCAACUGUGUACUGCUGUUUUGGGCUCUUCCCAAUCCCUCUGCAGACUCUUUCUAAGAGGAUAGUCCAGUCCAGACUGAACAGCACUCUGGUGGGCGUCUUCACCAUCAUCGUCGUCUUUGUUUCUGCUUUCAUCAAUAUUUUCACCUGCAGCAGCCUCGACCUGCGGACCUGCAUCUGGGAAGAGCUUAACGUCAGUCUGACCACUGUGAACGCCUGCCAUGCUCACCUCCUCAACUACAGCCUGGACACACAACAGAGCCCCUGUGGAGACGAUGGCCUCAUCUGCAGCUUACCUGAGUACUUCUCGUCCUGUGUGCUGCUGAGCCUGCUGGCCUGCUCCGUCUUCUUGCAGAUCAGCAGCAUCGGUAAACUCUUCCUCAUGCUCUUUAUCGAGCUGAUCUACCUCCUCGUCAUGGAGGUGCCCAAAGUGAGCCUCUUCGACAACCAGGACUUGCUGGUGAUGGCCAACGCUGUCAACAUUGUCGAGCACAUUAAUGGAACAAGCUGUGUGGUGGACUCCAAGGUUCCUCUGAAGAUCAUGACCCCGGUGGUCAUCACUGUCUUCGUUCUCGCCCUGUACCUUCACGCCCAGCAGGUAGAGUCCACAGCCAGGCUCGACUUCCUCUGGAAGCUGCAGGCCACAGAGGAGAAGGAGGAGAUGGAGGAGCUUCAGGCUUAUAACCGCCGUCUACUCCACAACAUCCUGCCCAAAGAUGUGGCCGCUCACUUCCUGCAGCGCGAGCGGCGCAACGACGAGCUCUACUACCAGUCGUGUGAGUGCGUGGCUGUCAUGUUCGCCUCCAUCAGCAACUUCUCAGAGUUCUACGUGGAGCUGGAGGGCAACAACGAGGGAGUGGAGUGUCUGCGGCUGCUCAACGAGAUCAUCGCUGACUUUGAUGAGAUCAUCAGUGAGGACCAAUUCCGUCAGCUGGAGAAGAUCAAGACCAUCGGCUCUACCUACAUGGCGGCCUCCGGCCUCAACGACUCCACAUACGAUAAGGUCGGGCGCUCGCACAUCCGAGCCUUGGCUGACUAUGCGAUGAGGCUGAUGGACCAAAUGAAAUACAUCAAUGAACACUCCUUUAACAACUUCAAGAUGCAAAUAGGUCUCAACAUUGGCCCUGUGGUUGCCGGGGUGAUCGGGGCCAGGAAGCCUCAGUACGACAUCUGGGGGAACACAGUGAACGUGGCGAGUCGCAUGGACAGCACAGGUGUACCAGAGAGGAUCCAGGUGACUGCAGACAUGUACCAGGUACUGAGCUCCUAUAACUACACACUGGAAUACAGAGGUUUGGUCACAGUCAAAGGCAAAGGAGAGAUGAUGACCUAUUUUCUCACCAGUGGACCGCCAAGCAGUUAACCUCAACUAAAUGACGAAUAGACACACCAGGGUAGGCGCCUUAACUCCGCCUCUGAAAUAAGGAGCAGGCUCAUGGACCUCUGAUAGCUUACGGCGGACUGAGACUGACUGAAGCGUCCCUUCUCACGGCGCCAUUCCUUUCUUAUACCUACUGAGGCCACAACGGGGAUGGAUGAGAAAAUGCAUCCCAAAGCUCAGCCUGCCGAGGAGACUAUGAGUGAGAAAGGCCCAGCUAGCCUGAAUCUGCCAUUGAGACCAAAGAUGUCCAAUCAGUGCAUAAAGACAGAUGUUGCCAGCUGUGUGAGUCUAGGUCCUAAAGGAAGAAUGUUCUCGAAGAAAUUUUAUUUGCUUCAAUCCGCCAGAUUCUUAAAGGCUUUUGGGACAAACCUGCAGCAGGACAUGACCUACAUGCCACUUCCUUUCUUUCUUUCUGCCUUUCUCCUGCUGAAGUGUAUAUGUACAUGUAAAACACAGACAGUUUUAUGUGUAUAUGUAUAUGAUUUUAUGUACUGUAUGUCAAACACAUUUUGUCCAUGUUGUCGUGGUAUAGAUCCAAAUCUCUCAAGUAAGGACACUCAGCCAGCACCGCAGCACUAUCCGUCCUUGAAUAUCUGAUCACGUCAGCAACAGCCUGACGGAGGAGUCGCAGUUAAGUUGUGUCUUAUCGGUGAAGAGUGCGUCUCACAAGCAAAAAUGUCCCUCAGAGACAAAAUAGAGAGAAAACGCUCCACAGUGUUUACAGAAAGCUCCUCGUCAGACGUAUAGAGUUACAAACUCACACUACAGUAUCAACAGCAUAUACACAGACAAAACACAAAGGAUGUCACUGAAGAGCUUUUUCUUAUCUUCGACAUUUUGUAUUUUGACUUCAGAACACCAAACCGUAUCAGAUAUUUUAAGAUUCUAUAUUUUGUACAUUAAUAUAUUAGAGAGCUAUCUAUAAACACCAAUGUGUAUUCAGAUGUACAUACUGUAUCACUCUCAUGUUGGGAUUUCAGAAGUCCUCGCUUGUUGUUGCCUAGUCUUAGCGUGGCGCCACAACUAAUGUACCAUUUAGCUUCAGCAGAUCCACGCUCCUGAAUGCCUGUUUUUCUCGCUCUUUUCACCCAAUUGAGCAUGACCGAUCUGCAGGAAGUUAACCGCUUGCUAAUAAGAAUGCGUUACUGAUUAUUUUAGUCAAACCGAGUGGGUGCGCACUUUUAACGACUGACUAGAGGACGUGAAUGCAAACCUGUCUUUUUGCACUCCAGUGCUUUCAGCCGUCCACCGCUUUCUGCAACGCUCCACAACCGCUUCUUGCUUGCUCAAUCAGAUGGUACGACCCAAUGAAUGUCCAAUGAUCUCCGAUGAGGCCUUUAAUAUGAACUCUAUACUGACGACGGUGAUGAUGCUCAUCCUGUGGACAGGGACAGACAAGCCCAUGUGGAAAUGUGCCCUUUUAUCUGCCUUUUUUUUUUCUUUUUCUUUUUUUUAUCAGAGCAGUUUCUUCAGUAUUACGGCGUUAUUCAACAUGUCAUCAAACAAACGGUCUUUAACCUUCUGGUUUCAUUGAUUUAAGUGAUUUCUUAUUAUUGUAUGUUAUGUUAUCACCAACACUACAGCUGGUUCUGUUUGUCUUGGCAGAGUACAGUAAUCAGUAAAUGUCCGGACAAUGUCAAGUUUUUACUUGAGAAUAUUGAGGAUAGGAUAUAGAAAAUUUGAGAUGGAAACGAUAAGGUUAACACAAUUCCAUAUUUUAAUUUGUCAAAAAAAACGUAUGAAAAAAACAACAACAAAAUCAUCAGUGUUGGAAAGCAUUAAGAGAUUGACUGACUUCCCUACUCUGAUGCUACACACUGUGCCCUCAGCCCCGAGCCUAUUUGUUCCUUGUGAAAGCAUAUACCUUUAAAACCCUGUAAACACUGUCGUUUAGCACGUUACAGGAGCAAAUAAAGCAUUUGUUAGGACUAUUUGUGUAUUUAAUACACAUUUGGUGCACUAUGUUAGUUGACUCAAAAUGAACUACAGUAAAUGGAGCUUUGACUGUGCCACUGGAAUAAGUAUAGACUUUUACAGUGUUUAAUUAGAAUCCAUUAAUACAUUGAUAAUAAAUCUGAAUUAAAAUAAGGCUAAAUGAAGUCUUGAGUAAAUAAAAAAUAAUGAAAAAGAUAAUUAAACAUUAAAAGAUAAUUCAAUAUUAAAAAUAUAAUUAAAACCCACAGGGCAACUGCUGGAGCUCUGAUUGGCCUGCUGCAAUGUGUUGGCAGGACUCUGGCCAAUCAGAGCUCCUGCUGCUGCUCUGUGGGUUAGACUUCAAAUGUGUUUUUAGGUGACACUGCACAGGACUUUAAAUUAAUGCCAAAAUGGAAACAAAUGUAUAAAUGGAAUUGCAAACGUUCAA